AUGAAGCCGUUAUUUUCUCCUCCACUAUAUAUGCAGAGAUACCAGUUUGUAAUUGACUUUGUUAAAAAGCACAAACCCAAGAAGGUGGUAGAUUUGGGGUGUGCUGACUGCAGACUGCUGUGGAAACUAAAAUACCAUCGUGACACAGAAGUGUUGGUUGGAGUGGACAUUAACAGUGCUGUUAUCAGGCAGAAAAUGUAUGCCUUAGCUCCAUUCCCAAGUGAAUACCUGCAACCAGGUGAUAAGCCUUUAACUAUUGAGCUAUAUCAGGGGUCUGUCAUUGAAAAAGAACCCCGCACAAAAGGAUCAGACCUGGUAUCAUGCCUUGAACUUAUUGAACACCUGCCAUUUGCUGAAGUGGAAAGGUUUUCUGAGGUUCUGUUUGGUUACAUGGCCCCAGCUGCUGUGAUUGUCAGCACUCCAAAUGCAGACUUCAACCCUUUGCUGCCGGGGUGCUCUGGGUUCAGACACAUUGACCAUAAAUUUGAAUGGACCAGAGCAGAGUUUCAGAAUUGGGCUUUGGAUGUGUGCGGAUUGUACGGCUACGUGGUGGAGUUCACCGGAGUAGGAAAAGCCCCUUGUAAUGAGAAUGUUGGUUUCUGCUCUCAGAUAGGAGUAUUUCACAAGGACAUCUCCAGAAGUAAUUCCUUUCUGGGAACAGAGAACAGAGACGAUGCUACAUCUUACAGACUUCUGUACAGUGUAGUGUACCCCAGCCUGCGUGACAACAACAUCUUUCAGAGGACGCUGGUAAAUGAAGUCCUGUAUGGGGCGGAACACAUUAAGAAGAAAUGGCUGGAAACCUCAAAGGAGAAGGAGGAGGGUCCUCAUGAGUGUCAGGUCUCUGGUGACCAUCAGGAACAGGGUCUUGCAGAAGGAGGAGCGGAGCCCUAUUUGCAGGGGGGUGCCAUUUGUGUCCCCCUGGCCAGAGUGUUGCCUCUCCCCAAAGUGCAUGCACUCUGUGGCUCCUUGCGCAGGCUGCAGGAGGCCCUGCUUGAGGACUCUGGGGUGAAACUGACCAGUGAUGCUGACGCUUUGAUGCUGCCCAUCAAUGAGGAGGAUGAGGAGGAUAUCGAUGUAGAUGAGGAAUCCGAAGAAUACAGGGGUCCUGUGUGCACUGAGACUAUGCAGUUCAUGGCUGACUGUGUGCAGGAGGACUGGGAUGCAGAGCUUUGA